UACAAAGGGUCUAACAUUUAUACAGAAACUGUAGAGCAUUAAAACAUUCGUGUAUUGUCAUCUCCUCUGUUUCAACGUUUGUAUAACACUUUUCAUCAAGAAUGACAACACUUUUUGUUGGGUAAUUCUUUCAUCUGCAUGCAUGGUGGUUAUAUUGAUCAUAAACUUUUAUUAAAAGUCCAGUAUAAAGUUACAUCCGUAUACACAAAACUAUUCUAGCGUAAUCAGCUUAUGUAACAACAACCGUCCCGAUAUCAAAAGUUCACAACUACGUAGGAUUAAUCCGGAAUCAAUGCCCUGGGUUUUAUUUUUAGUGACCUCCAAUGUUUUCCUGUUUCCAAAACCCAGCUGAUUUUUAGGACAAUGCGCCGUAUCACGGUAUUGAUGUCCUUUAAUUAUCACUUAAUUUAUUUGUCAACAGGACAUAGCAAAUUUAGUUCAGGUAUAUCAUUUUACAGGAGUGACUAAACACUAACAGCCUCUAUGGGACCAAGAAUCAUGACAUCAGAAGAAAAGGCUACCAAAGAAACAGAGGAGAUUCUUGCUGAUGAUCCUCCAGAUUAUAGUGAUCAAGAUAUGUGUGUCAACCAAAAUCAAGAUGAUAAUCCAAAAAGGAAAGGUUCCAUAUGGCAGACAGCAAAAAACAAAAUUAAAAUAACGCCAAAAGAUGCCACGCCCGUUGACUGGAAGCUGAUUGGUCUGGUCUUCAUAUCAAUGUUCACCAGCUCAUUCAGUCUUACAUUCCUAUUCCCAUUCUUGCCAGAAAUGAUUCUGUUUUUUGGUUACCAAGAGACAGAGAAAGGUUACUAUGCGGGGUUGGUAGCGUCCAUGGUGUUUGCUGGCCGAUCAGUCGGAAGCUUUUUCUGGGGCUGGCUGUCGGACAGGAUGGGGCGGAGACCGGUGAUCCUGAUGACCAUAUUUGGGAAUGGCUUGUGUUGCUUGUUAUUUGGACUGACAGUCAAUCUACCUAUGGCUCUUGUCACCAGAUUUCUGGCUGGAUUGGCAAAUGGUACCGUUGGCAUUGCUAAAACCAUUCUGUACGAGAUAUCUGAUGACUCAAAUCAGGCCAUUGGAAUGUCAAUCCUGUCGAUGUCAUGGGGAGCUGGGAUUAUUGUUGGACCGGCUGUAGGGGGUCUGUUGGCCACACCUGUGAAGAAGCACCCCUCUGUGUUUCUCCAGGGAGGGUUGUUUGAUCAGUUUCCCUACCUCUUGCCCAGCCUACUUGUGGGAGGGGCCUGCUUUGUGGUUUUAGUGGUGGAUUUUUUCCUUUUACCAGAGACAAGUCAAAGAAAACAAAAAGAAGUGGAUGUUGAGGUUGGGGAACAAAAUGAGGAAUUAGAGAAACUGGCUCCAGAAUCUCAACAAGCCAAAACUACCUCGCCCAAUGGGAAAAUCUCCAUGUCAGCAGAAGACCUGUACUGUCACACAGAAAGAGCAGUGUAUGAGGUCAAACUGUACCAGUCCUGUCAGGAGCUGCACAAGUCACAUGGUACAAACAUGGCCGCCAUCAGACCAAGGUCAGUCUCUGAAAGUGGGGCUAUGCUGACAGACGAGAAAUUGACCAUUGAAGUAGAAGUGAAAGAGAAGAAGAGCUUUCUAGAUAAAAUGAAGAACACCACUUUGUUUAGAAUAUUCAGUAUGCCAGAUUGCACGAAGGCCAUUUUCCUGUAUACCAUAUUCUCUUUCUCUGCCAUUGGUUUUGAAGAAAUUUUUACAGUUUGGGCAUCAACCAAACCACUUUAUGAUGGACUGGGCUUCGAGUCUGAUGAGAUAGGCAUGGUGCUUGGGAUUGCCUCUGUCCCUAUGCUGGUUCUAAAUCUCUUCAUCUAUCCAUUCCUCAACAGACUCUUUGGAACCAAAAAGACAUUCAUCAUCUGUGGUUUUCUGAAUGGAGUGAUGAUGACUGUAACUCCAAUGUUACAUCUCCUCCAGUCAAGUUCCCCCUCCUUAUUAUGGACACUUCUGUUGGUGCUCAUCAUUCCCCAGAAGAUUAUGACCAGCUGUUCAUUUACCGCGACGUCGUUGUUUAUAAACAAUUCGUCUCCGGCUCACAUGGCAGGGUCUGUUAACGGCAUCGCCAUGACAGCCACAGCUAUAGCCAGGACUCUGGCUCCCACUAUAGGGGGGAGUGUGUUUGCCUGGUCCAUCAGUAGCAGCCUUGGACCUCCUUUUGAUGUGAACAUCGCCUUCUUUAUGUUUGGUUUGAUUCUGUGGGGUACUAGCGUGUACAGUAUAUUCAUCCCCGAGUCUCUUAACAAAAAGAGAGUUGAACCAAAAUGAAUGACUGACAGUCUCAGUACAAUGUACAUCAAAACUGCAAUAAGAUGUCAAACUUUGUGUGUAAAAUUGAAAAUUCCAGUCAAAACUUAGAUGUGAAUUUCAAUUACUGGGACAUCAUUAGAUUUCGUGGUGGCUCAAUUUAUCGUGGAAUUCGUGGGUACCUUUCAUCCACGAAAUAACAUCCUCCACGAAUUGAUAAAUUAGGGUAAUAAAGUCAUUUUUCCUUUUCUAGAUAUAUAAGAAUACACAAAAUUAAGCCCCCAGGAACCUGUGAAAUUUAUGCCAUCCACGAAAAUUGGCUCUCAUGAAAUUUAAUGAUUCCACAGUAUCACACAGAUAAAUAUUUUAUUUUAAAUAUGAAAAUUUAACAAAAUUUUUGUACAUGACAUAUUUAUUCUUAGCUUGUAUUUAGAAGCAUGACACAAGGACAACCUUCUUUGAUUAUAUAUUUUUUUUGUACAUGUUAAAAUUAUAGUUAUAACAAAUCUGCAAAUUAAUCAGAACAUGCACAACAUUGCUAAACAUUGCCAGUAGAAAGAUUUCAGAACCAUGGCGUAAAGAUUCAUGGGUUGAUCUGGUAUUGAUAGCUAUGUUUUGUAUACUAGUAAUAGGUAUCGCUAACUGAUAUUUAGACAUAAGCUACUCAAUAUUGAUAGCUAUGCUAUAGGAUCUUCAUGAGUAUACUAUAUAAUAUUGAUAGCGGUGCUAUAUUAUUUUGAUGCCUAUGGUAUCCAUUUUUGUUUUCUUAAUCUUUUAAUUUGAUGGUUAACAUACACUGUAAAACAUUCUUAAAAUGUGCAUUUUUUUGUUAAAUUGUUUUUUUUUCAUAAAACUACCAAAAGUAUUUAUAUAUUCAUUCUGUAUUGUUUAAAGAUCUAAUGAUACAACAUAAUUUAUGGUUUUUAAAAAAUCAGUAUCGUUGUAUAUAGCUACUGUAGAUUUCUUAUUAUUUGUGAGGAAUUAAUAUCCACGUAAAAACGUGAGAAGCACAUCUUGCGAAUUUUCAAAUGUCUCUAUUAUUUUUUGGACAUUCAGCAUUCACAAAUUUUUAUCUUUUCCCAAUUGGAUGGAAAUUAUUGCUUUGCCCUAUUGGAGAAAUAAUGUUUUUUUUGGAUUUGUUGCUACAUAUAAUUAGAAGUACAUGUACAUGUAAUAAUGAUUUCCAGUUUUUCUUUCCAAUUUGUUAAUGAACUUCUUUUCAUAUAAUGAAGUGCUAGUCAAAAAUGAAAAUGUAUGGUAUUUUGUAUUUUAAUCCAAUGUCGAUCACAGGUCCUCAACAAUUGGUUAAAUGCUGGUGAAGUAUGCUUUUAAUGACUGUUUAUUACAAUGUAGAGAAUCAAUUAUCCUCGGAAGUUAUUGACAUCAGCAUAAAGUUGAACUUUGAUACCUCAAACAUUGAUAUCCCGAAUACAAUGGAUAUGUAAAAUUGAUUUGUAAGUCCCAAACACUCAUUUUUUAAGUAUUAAACCCUCAGUAUCUCAAUACAAGGAUAUCUUGGAAGAUUUUAAACAGUCCCAUCUAGUUUGAGAUAAUGAAGUUUGACUUUAUUUAUUUGUCUAAAUUAUGGUGUAGCUCUAAGGAUAAAGAAGCAGAAUAUGACAGGGAGUUUAAAUUAAUUGCGAAAUAUACCGUAGACGAAAAUCAAUAGGAUCCAGAAUAUUAAUUUUUUACGUCUUUUGCAAAUUUUAUUCAUUUUGCAGAAAUUUAUUGUCUUAAAAGAGUACAGACAUACAAACUAAUUUUAGAAAAAAAUUCCCCAAGGUGUCAAGGACCUAUUAAAGUAGAGUAAGUAAAAUUUGUAUCAGACAUAUUUUUGCCUUAAAUGGUUCCAUCCAGUGCUGUGUAUUUUAAGACUUUGUUUACAGUUAUUUGAAAUUUACAUAUUAAGUAAAUGAACUUUUAUCAAUAAUCAGAGCAUAUCAACAUAAAAAACUGACAAUCUGCCACAAUGUUUUUAAAAUCCAUAUACAUGUAUUUAAAAUGUUUUGUCAUACUUUUAUUGUAGUGAUUUUUUAAAUGAUAUUGUUAAUAUUUGUCAUGGAUUUUAGUUGGAAGGUUGAUCAUGACUUUUUAUUUUUGAUGUAGUUGAUGUUUUUUCCCAUGGCAACUGUUUUUAAUGAAGUACUAUUUAUGAUGGUAUCAUCGGUAUCAUUAUUAUCCUAACCUAGUCAGUAUCUGGUGCUUUCAUGUUGAAUAUGAUAUCAUAACACUAGUAUAUAUUCCUUUCUUGUCACAUAAAAAAUAUCAGUAAUGGCCCAUGCAGACCUGUAACCAAUACUUGCCUUUAUCCAUCUAACCUACUUUGUCUGCCCUUGUUUCCUUAACCCCAAGUUUUCCUUUUGGUCCAGUAUCAAAUAUCAUCUUUAAAAAAAAAAACUGCCAGCUGUCCAUGUUUGGUCCAUACACGACUCAUGACCUGAGGGUAAAUCAUGACAUUUAAUUAAUGAUAAUGUAAUUACAGCAUCAAUACCAUGACAUUAUUUGCUAGAUAUAAUGUACAUAUAAGUAACAUUUCAAUAUAGGUUCAUAUUUGGCACAAUGGUAGUGUACGUUAUGACCCUGACCCAGGUAAUUUGAUCAAGGUCAAGGUCAUGUCAUCAUCAACAUGACAUUUUUUUUUUCUAAAAGGCCUAAUGAAAUAUGAUUAGUAUUUUUUGUUCAAAUUUGAUUUUACCUCUUAUAGAGAUAUUAUUAUAAUAAAAUGUACAUGCACCUUCAGUAAAGCUUUGUUUGUCAACACAAAUCCAAUGUAAAAAAAAAUGUCAACACAAAUAAAUUCCCCUGAAAUAUACAUUUAUAUUGUCUAGUCUGAGUAUUUAUUUUUCAAGGAGAUGACACAACUUUCUAUAUCCAGAAUAUGAAUGUUCUCAAUGAGAAGUCGUUUCUUUCCCAACAUACCCCAUUGAUUUUUACUAAGCCUCCUUUUUACACAUGUUUCCAUGAUGUACAGCUGUCUCUUAUAUUAUCUUAUCAAUUCAAUCAUGUACAUUAUUUUUUAAUAGAUAUUUUAUGAGUAAGAAAAUCCACAAAAAGGAAUCCAGAUUAAGGCUACUGCAAAAAAAUAAUAAUUUGUCAACUCAAAUGGUUUCUUUUGUGACAGAAAUAAAACUUCUAUUUCAUUAUUUUAUUUUUAUUUAGUGCUUGAUAUUUUGUACUGUUUGUUCUCUAGAAUUAGAUUUUAGACCAUUUUCCAAAAGAAGUGAAAUACAUAUAUUUAAGAAAAUUAAUUUGGAUGGGUGGAAUGUCUCAAAGAAUUUUUAUGACCUGAAAUUGAAUUUAUUGUUAGAACUUUUAAUAGAAGGAAUUUAGUAAGAAAUGUUUUCCACAACAAGAAGUAUAAGUUGUAUGUCAUAGAUAUGAUUGAUAUAGAUAUGACCUUGAUGGUAGGUUCAAUGUGUAUUAACCAUGUCAACGUUUUCUUGUUAUUUUUUUUUGUUUUUUUUUUAUUUUGUUGAAAUAUUUUUGGUCACACGAAAUUACAUAAUUAAUUAUGUGGAAAGGUUGUUUGUUAAUGGUAACUGUAGUGCUAGUUUACAUAUUCUGGAAUGUAGAGUUAUACCGAUUAUUUUGAAAUAAAUAUUAUUUAGUUUAAA